GUGACGUCACCCCCCGAGAUACGUCACACAGGAAGACCGUUCAUUGUUUUGGCCUUUCCUGGACCACAUCCUCGGAGUCUCGCCGAUCAAAACAACAAACAUCUGACAGUCAACACACUUCUGGUACGAAGACGAGGUGACCAUGACUCACUGGUUUCAUCGAAACCCUCUGAAAGCCACGGCUCCGGUGUCCUUCAAUCUGUACGGCGUGGCGUCCAGUCCCGCUGCCAACAAGAUCUGCAAUGACCUGAGAACGGCGCGAGCCCGACUGCUGGACAUGUUCACAGAUGCCACAUGCACCCCAGAGAUCAUGAAGAGAUCCAGUGAUGAAUAUUUUGCUCUUAUACAGGGAUUUAUUUUGCCGCUGGAUGGAACCACACAAGAGAACAAGCUCCGAUUCAUCCAGAACUUCAAAUGGACUGACACUUUACAGGGAAAUAUGGGAAGUGCCCAGCAGGAUGCUGUUUUUGAGCUGGUGUCUAUGGCGUUUAAUGUGGCCAUCUGGUACUCCAAGUUUGCCUCACGUCUGUCCGGAAAGGAGAACAUCACAGAGGACGAGGCCAAAGAUGUUCACAAGAGUUUGAAAGUCGCCGCUGGAAUAUUUAAAACCCUCAAGGAGACUCAUAUUCCUCGACUCAUCACUCCAGCAGAGAAGGGUCGGGACCUGGAGCCGCGGGUCAUUGACACCUACAUUGUGCAGAGUCAGGCGGAGGCUCAGGAGGUCACCAUUGCCAGAGCCAUCGAGCUGAAGCACAACGCCUCCCUCAUCGCAGCGCUGUCCUUCGAGACCGCAAACUUCUACCAGAAGGCCGAUCACACUUUGAACACUUUGGAUCCAGAAUGCAGCAGUAAAUGGAAGAAAUACCUGCAGCUGAAGCAGCACUUCUACAUGGCUUAUGCACACUGCUAUCAUGGACAGACUCUUCUGGCGGCUGAUAAAUGUGGAGAGGCCAUAAGAUCCCUGCAGGAGGCCGAGAAAUUUUAUUCCCGCGCUGAAGCCUUGUGUAAAGAGUACCGUCAGAUGAAGGGUCCGGGCAGCACGGUCAGACCCUCGGAGCAGCUCUUCUUUAAGAAGCUGGGCACGUUCAUCAAGAACACCCUGGAGAAGUGCCAGAGAGAGAACAGCUUCAUUUACUUUCACAAGGUUCCUGCAGAAGCUCCGGCGCUGGAACUGAAGGCCAGUUAUGGUUUGGCUGAACCGACUCCAUUCGAGUUCCCGCCUCUCAGCGCUCAGUGCACGCCUGAAGUCUACGCGACCUUUGACCUUACCAAAGGACCCAAAGAUGACAAGGCAAAAGCGAAGCACGAUGAGGAGAUCAAGCCGGUGAAGGAGCCGGAUCUGAAGCCGCAGAAGGACACGGGCUGCGUCGUCUCUUAAACUCCUGCUGAAGCAUCAGCGUGAAGUCCAGGAGAUCUGGACGAGUCUGUAAUCUUCUCGAGUAACUCAAAUAUUUCCCAAUAUAACAUAGUGAUAUAACAGUGGCGUCUGUCUCAUGCUCUGAUUCUGAUGAAGGUGUUUCGUCUACAAGCGCCAGAUGUUCUGAUGAAGGGUUGUGUGGCUAAUCUGACCCACAGUUAACUCUUAAUAACCCAGACUGAAUCUGAAUUAUACCACCAUUUGAUCUGCACUUGAUUAUCUCUCUGUAGCACAAUAUAGAUGAUUUCAGUCCGACUUUUAAGGUUUAUUGGGUCCAUUUAUUGGAGAAUAACUUCUAUAGGUCACUAAAUUCACCUUUUUUUUAAUAAUGUUUAGAAUUUAACUCUUCAUGGUGAUGCUGGAAAUUGAUUUAAUGCAAUUGUUAAACAGUCUUUAAGCUAUAUGAAUUUCAGAAAAAUUUAAAUAAAAGAUAUGAAAAAAAUAUGCUUUGCAUAACAACAAUAAAACCAUUUUAAAUACAUUAAGAUUUAUUGCAUUAUAACAUUAUUUUCAUGACAAUUAAGCACAUUUUCUUCCAAGUUUCUAAAUACUGCAAUGAAGAAAUAUAUAUAUAUAUAUAUAUAUAUAUAUAUAUAUAUAUAUAUAUAUAUAUAUAUAUAUAUAUAUAUAUAAUAUGCUAUUAAUUCUAAAUAAUUUUAUUUGGGAUUAAAUGUGAUUGAUUUUCUUUAAUAUAAUAUAUAUUGUAUUAUAUAAUGAUAAAUUGCCAUGCAUAUAAUGUCAGAAUGCAAUAAAUGGGUGUUUAAAAAAUAGUCUUCAUGCAAAAUAAAAUUUCAUUAGUCAACAUUACAUUUAAGAUAAAAAAUAUAUAUAUAUGACUUAUUAGUCAUCUAUUGCACUUAAAAUAUCUGCUGUAUGAUUCAUAUUUCUCAGCGGGAGGAAGUGAAAAGCACAUUUGUAUUUGGGUUGUUGUAGGAAAAGAACAGAAUGAAUCCCAGUCUUAGCUGAUUUGCUUGAACUGGGAAUAAAAUUAAACAGGGUGAUGAUGUGAAGUGCUACGGGCUUUGCUCUGAUUAUAAUUUUUACUGGACUUACUUUCCAUGUGUAUAUAUUUACAGUCAUUUAAGCAAAAAUAUGAUUUGCUUCUGAAUUGAAACCUGUCAGAAUAAUUCGAACUUGCAUUGCUGUGCUGUACAUGUGAUGGGAAACUCAGUUCCCCAGUCGUUUACUGGUUUGAUUUUGAUGGGUUGGCUGUUUUUACGUAAGCUCAAGAAGAAUUUCAACCAUCUUUGAUCUUUGGUACUGUGUUUUGAGGGUCACAGUCGUAAAAACUUCAACAAAACUACAUGCACUUUCACUUCAGCUCCAGGUUCAGAGAUGAUCACUAAAUGUUUGACGCUUCUUAUUUUAACCCCUGCUUUAAUCAGCAUACUGAAAACAAAGAGCUUGUGUUCUUAUUAAGGCUAAAUGAUUGGCAGAUAUUUUGCUGUAUAUUUAUUUAACACAAAUCUGCAGAGAACAAGACUUUCUCUGGCAUUGUAAGAUGACACUCCGUGAUCACUUUUAGUUUUUGCAAUUAUUCGUUGUGCCGUCUAUGCAGUUGUAUGGAUAUGUAUGCAUCAUCAUAUAUACUCACAGAUUACCAUCAAUCUGUAACUCAAAGUCAUGCAUUUAAUGUUUUUUUUCCCAUUAAAAUGUGUGUCGGCUA